ACCCUACAAACACAAGUAAAACCCGAUCCAGUAUUAAAUGCAUUGGACCCGAACAUUCUCGUGCGACGACGCUACGAUUGCAUAAUGCAUUUGCUAUAGAAUCCUCUUUCAUUCCUCCUCUCCAAUUCCUCUUCCUCUGACGGACAGAUAUCUUCCAGUGAUUAAUUAUCAUCUCGAUGUUGGCAUUUAGUGCGAGUUCUUUUGGAACCUUACCUCAAGCAGCUCCAGUUUAUGCAGUUAAAACUAGGAGUGGAUGCAAGGGUCAAAAGGAAACAAGCUAUAGUCCAAUUAGUGUUUCCACUCAACUUCAACCUUAUGAUCACCAAAGUGGGUUUAAUAAUUUUGCUCUGAGUUCAAUAUGGAUUGGGACGCAAUUACGUCCUAUUUAUGGAAGGAAACAUGGCAAUAGAAAACAAUCUGCUUCUAUUAUGUGUUCUGCUGCUUUGAAUGCAAGAUGCUCUGCUUCAGGCCAAACUCAAACCAUAACCCGUGAGGCACCAACAAUCACCAAGGCUCCUGUACGAGAACCAACCAAGACGCCAAAACUUGAUGAUGGUGGACCUGGACUCCCACCUGGUGGUGAUGAUGGUGGUGGAGAUGGCGGGGGUGGUGGGGGAGGAAACUGGUCAGGUGGAUUCUUCCUUUUCGGUUUUCUUGCAUUUCUAGGCUUUUUAAAAGAUAAAGAGAGUGAGGACUACCGGGAUAGUAGGAGAAGAUAAAAACACUUGAAAUCAAUUUUGUUUUUGAUGCCUUGAUUCUUACGUUCUGCUAUAUUCUUUUUGAUUGAUUCAUAGCUUAGUGCUUGAAUGAGAUAGACUACUGAUCAACUCAUUUAUCUUCUGUGCAUCACUAGCUCUGGUUGAAGUAGUUAAAAGCAUUAGAUGUUUCUUGAUUGGUGAGAUAAACAUCAACUUUGGAAACUAUCAAGUAUGGUACACAACUGCACAUUGCAAUCCCCCAGCUUGAAUCUUUACUACUAUCAUUUCUGUGCUGUAAAAGAAAAAGAAAGGUUGCUAAAAGCAAAUCCUGGUAUAGGAUUUGCUGACCCCAUUUUGUCGCCUGGGAAGCAAUUUUAAACUUGUAAUUGUUAUGUUUGGUUUUUAAGCCUCUCCACUUUUGACUGGCAUGAUAUAAAUAUUCAUCCCUGCAUCGGAAAAAAAAUUAUUUUUGGUAUAUCAAAUAUAUUUUUAGGAGAUAGAACUUUUGAUCUUC